CAGUACUAAAUAUUACACAUUUUGAGAUUUCAAGUUCAUAAACAAGAUUCCAUCCAAGUCCACGGCAAUACAAGACACCAUUCGUUCCACCAAUCCUCACACAUAAAUUGGCAGUCACUAAAUCAAAAUUUAAACAACCGACAAAAAUUGACAAGAGUUCACCAUGUUUGGUCAAGCCUACACUGUCACUUCCCCUGAUCAGUCAACAGUCUCGUCGCGUUUUCAGAAUAUCAACAAACGAACAACGAUGAGUCGACCGAGGAGUCCGAGUUCGUCACCUACUCGUUCAGUUCCAAAUCGAAAUAGUUCCACAUCCACAGACAAAUCACUGUCCGAGAAAUACACAAACCGAGCGUACAAUCGGCAGCCAUCGCCCAUGGGAAGGUACCAGUCUCCGGAUGUCUGGAGGAAAGAACAGACCACCAAUUCAGCACAGCAGCGGUGUCAUAGCGUUGUGGCCGACCAGAUCAAGGGUAAAACACCGGUCGCUACCCAGAAGCGCUUGGUAGAAGAGAGCCGUAGCGACGUGCUUAAGAAAAGGCCUGUCCUUGAGGUGGAAUGUCAAGAUGCCUCAAUGCGUCAUCACCCGUAUCUGAGAACCAGACCGAAGACGGCGGACUCGACUAAGAAGGAUGAUGACACGCGAAACAUUGAGAGCAGAGUGAUGCACACUGUGAAGGAAGUGCUUAGCCGUGCUGUUGUAGAGAAAGGGAAGAUAGACGUAAACAACAUCGGGACCGUAUUGAACAGCAUGACGAGUCGGUUGAUGGUUAGUGACGCUGAUAACGACCAAAAAGUCAACAUUGACGUUGAAAUUAAAAAGAGCAAAACGAAAGUCAAUAUUAACACCUCUCAGGAAGACAUCCCUGCCAGGAGAGUACGGCCACUGGCUGGAAUUGUACGUAAGGAGAUAAAAAACACCUCGAAUAAACAGUUGAAAAAGGGAUAUACAAAAGUGUAUAGCUCUGAUAACGCCUCUUCUGUUUAUAAGGGAUCUGGUAAAACUGUGGAACGAGAGAAUUCCAGUACAUUGAUCUACAUUGAUCUUCCAGACCCGGACUGUUCCAAAUUCAAUACGAUGCUGAAAAAUGAAGAGCAGAAAAAGAGAGCGGAAAAGCAAACUUUGAUGAAUUUUAUUAUUUCGAGGAACGAUGGACAGGACAAUAGAGGCGAAAUUUCACUUUCUCAAAAGGAUCCUCAAAAAGAGUCGGUUGUAGGUGACUGCCAGGUGAACGACAAUCAAAAUUCCCAUUUGCAGAAGACUGCCGAGGAAGUGAGACUGCAAAAUUAUAUAGAGUCUCUGAUCAGGAACAUGAAAGACCAACUGGAGAGUAAACAUGCUACAAAUAUGGAGGGUCUCUCUGAAGAUCAUUCCGUUUGUAAAUCAUUCUGCAUCUGUAGGGUGUGUGUCUCCAACAAAACCUCAAAAUCGUGUUUGGCGGACUCUUCAACUUCAACUGAUGACUUGAGAGAAAGCAAGCCCUCAGAUACUGAACUACGAACCUGCAAGAUUACUCAACCCCCAAGCAGACUCACACAAUCAAAGACACCCAUUAAACAGCGAAGUACAGAAUCUGCCUGCAAGGUCUUAAAAAGAAACAAAAAUUUCCAGCCGGAAUCAAAAGUCAGCAUUGGGUCCCGUUCCACUUACUCGGCGAUUGCUGCUAAGAAAUUGUCAAAUUCCCAUACAGCGUACAGCGUAGCUCCUGGAGCCUGCGAAGAGACUGGAGAGGACAUGUAUCUGCGGAGACGUAUACCUAAAUCUCCUGUCAGAAAAAUAACUUCCAAAAUAUAGAUGUUAUGUACUA